CCUCCCUUUCUCUCCCCUCUCCCCGCCGCCUCCCGCGGCGCACACCUCCGCCUUCCUCCCCCUUCCUCCUCCUUCCUCCUCCUCCCGCUGCUGACGUGUGGCGCUGCCCGGCUGAAAACUCGGCGCCGCGGCGGAUGCGGCGGCUCUCGGCAGCGCGGCGGCGGCGAAGAUGGUGGCGGCUCCGUGCGCCCGGCGGCUGGCGCGGCGCUCCCGCUCGGCGCUGGUGGCGGCGCUCACCGUGCUGCUGCUGCAGACCCUCCUCGUCUGGAAUUUCACCUCCCUCGACGCCGGCGAGGAGCAGCAGCGCGGAGGGGCCGGCCGAGAGAAAAGAGACCGCGGCGGUGCCGCCGGCGGCGAGAACCGGGAGCACCCGCAGCGCCGCGGAGCCGGCGCCCUGCACGGCAAGGCCAUGGAUGGCUAUUUUUCCCACCGACCGAAGGAGAAAACACGAACGGACAGCAAUAAUGAAAAUUCAGUUCCCAAGGACUUUGAAAACAUUGAUAACAGUAACUUUGCUCCCAGGACUCAGAGACAAAAACACCAGUCUGAGCUGGUGAAAAAACCCCUAAGCAAGCAAAAGGAGCAUCUAAGAAAGAAACUGGAAGAGGAGAAAGUGAAGGAGAACUCGCUGCUGGGAAAGAGCUCCAACGAGGUGGUGCAGCUGGGUGAUCAGCCUGGGAAAAACAGCAGCAGCAACAGCGACCUGAAGGACAUUCACAGGCCUCCCCGGCAGCAUCAUCUCACAAAAAGUGGAAACAGCUCCCCUGAGGUGCGAUACGACCAGCCACCAAAGUGCGAGGUAACGGGCAAGGAGGCGAUCUCAGCCAUGUCCCGGGCUAAGUCGAAGCAGUGCCGGCAGGAGAUCGCAGAGGUGUACUGCCAGCACAAGCACGGGAAGCUGAUGCCGGAGAAGGUGACACGUUUCUGUGCGCUGGAGGGAAAAGCCAACAACAAUGUGCAAUGGGAUGAGGACUCCGUAGAGUACAUGCCAGCCAACCCAGUCAGGAUCGCAUUUGUCUUGGUUGUUCAUGGCAGAGCUUCUCGGCAGCUCCAACGCAUGUUUAAGGCUAUUUACCAUAAAGACCAUUUUUAUUACAUUCAUGUUGACAAGCGAUCCAAUUACUUACACCGGCAAGUGCUCCAGUUUGCUAACCAGUACCCAAAUGUGAGAGUCACUUCUUGGAGAAUGGCAACUAUCUGGGGAGGAGCAAGCCUUCUGUCCACCUACCUGCAGAGCAUGAGGGACUUAAUGGAGAUGAAUGACUGGCCAUGGGAUUUCUUCAUUAACCUCAGCGCUGCCGACUACCCAAUCAGGACAAAUGACCAGCUAGUAGCGUUCCUGUCCAGAUACCGUGAUAUGAACUUCUUGAAGUCACACGGCAGGGACAAUGCAAGAUUUAUUCGAAAACAGGGGCUGGAUCGGCUUUUCCUGGAGUGCGAUACGCACAUGUGGCGCCUGGGGGACCGGAAGAUCCCAGAGGGAAUCGCCGUCGAUGGAGGGUCGGACUGGUUUCUUCUCAACAGAAAGUUUGUGGAGUACGUGACUUUUUCCAACGAUGAUCUUGUAACAAAGAUGAAGAGGUUUUAUUCUUACACAUUGCUGCCUGCUGAGUCCUUCUUUCACACUGUUCUGGAAAAUAGCCCAUACUGUGACUCCAUGGUGGACAACAAUCUGCGCAUCACAAACUGGAAUCGUAAACUUGGCUGCAAGUGUCAGUACAAGCACAUCGUUGACUGGUGUGGCUGUUCACCUAAUGACUUCAAACCAGCAGACUUCCACAGAUUCCAGCAGACUGCCAGGCCGACUUUCUUUGCCCGCAAAUUUGAAGCUGUGGUCAAUCAGGAGAUAAUUGGCCAGCUGGACUACUACCUGUACGGCAACUACCCGUCUGGCACCCCCGGCCUCCGGUCAUACUGGGAGAACGUGUACGACGAGCCCGAUGGCGUGCACACCCUCAGCGACGUCGCGCUCACCAUGUACCAUGCGUUCUCCCGCCUGGGCCUGCGGAGAGCAGAGACUUCAUUUCACACUGCUGGAGACAACAGCUGCCGAUACUAUCCCAUGGGCCACCCAGUUUCUGUCCACCUUUACUUCCUUGCUGACCGUUUCCAAGGUUUCCUAAUUAAACACCAUGCCACCAACCUGGCUGUCAGCAAACUAGAGACUUUGGAAACGUGGGUAAUGCCAAAGAAAGUCUUCAAGAUCGCAAGUCCACCCAGCGAUUUUGGAAGGUUACAGUUCUCAGAGAUCGGCACUGAGUGGGACGCCAAGGAGAGGCUUUUCCGCAACUUUGGAGGACUCCUUGGGCCAACAGAUGAGCCAGUUGGCAUGCAGAAAUGGGGGAAAGGCCCCAACGUCACCGUUACUGUCAUUUGGGUGGAUCCAGUCAAUGUAAUAGCAGCAACGUAUGAUAUUCUUAUUGAAUCCAGUGCUGAAUAUACUCACUACAAACCACCUUUGAAUCUGCCCCUGCGACCUGGUGUCUGGACAAUAAAAAUUCUGCACCACUGGGUACAGGUAGCUGAAACCAAAUUCCUCGUCACUCCUCUCACCUUCUCAAAUCGGCAGCCUAUCAAACAAGAGGAAGCCUUGAAGUAUCACAGCGGGCCUCCAAAGAAUGCGUACAUGGAGCAGAGCUUCCAGGGCUUGAACCCCGUCUUAAACAUCCCCAUCAGCGCUGCCCGCGUGGACCAGGCCAAAAGGAACGCGGCGCUGGUGGGCGCCCGGCUGGAGGCCUGGGUGGACUCGCUGGUGGGCAGCGUCUGGUCGGCCGUGGACAUCUGUAGCACCGGCCCCACCGCCUGCCCCGUCAUGCAGGCCUGCACCCAGACGGCGUGGAGCUCCCUGAGUCCGGACCCCAAAUCAGAGCUGGGCCCCGUCAAACCCGACGGGCGCUUGAGGUAGCAGCCGGUACGCCCUCCUGCGGCAUAGGGUUUUAAAAGGGAAUUUAACCUUGCUUCGUACGUCAAUCUCACACCAGGUUUCAACUAAGGGAACAUUAUACUUUUUUUUGUUACAUAUUGCAAUAUAGUUCUUAAAAAAAUAAUAAUAAUUCCGACAAGGCCUUUGGCACUGCUCUCUCCAUCAGCUCUAUCAGGAACGGCUUGGUUCGCCUCUGCUGUCCCGCCGGCCCCGGCCGUACGGGCCUUGAAGCAGUAGCAGCCAUGGAGAGGGCAGUGAAGGAGCAGCUGCUGGAAGUGUUGUUUUUUUAAAAUAAAUUUGUCUGUACCUCUGCUGUUUCAUAGGCUUUAAUUAUUUUGCUACCAUGAAUAAAUCACAGCAAAAUUCCCUUCUAUUUAUGCUUCCUGGGGAGGUUGGUUACUGCAGGCUAUAUCCCAUAUGGCCGCAUUACUUUACAGAACAUGAAAUAAUUAAGGUACACCCUCAUUAUUUUUUGUUAUAUAUAACACAAAGCAAUUCUGGACUCAGCUAAUGUCUGUUGUCAUCCUAGUUAGGGAAUGCAAGCUGAAGCAGAGACAUUCAGAUUACAGUCAGAGAUUUUUCAGACUAAUUUUAUGCUGAACUCUAAAUGGAACUGGUGUUUUGCAAUGUUAGUCUUUCAUUUCUCAUGCGGUCAGGUUCAGGGUCUGGGUAGUAGCAGUAUUAUUUUAAAAGCCCAAGGAGCAUUUUGGAUUUCAGCCCUUUGAAAUCCACAGGGUCUUUCUAAGCCCACCAGCACCUAUGCAUAUUGCAGACUUCCUGCACUGCAAGUGUGUGUGUAAAUUUGGGUAGGUUGGGCUGUGUCUGCUCACGCGUUUGCUGAUGAGCCGAGCUGUUUUUUCUCAGGCAGCAGAGUUGCUCAGAACCAGUAAAAUGGUGGCAUUUGGCCUUUGUAGUUUAGAGAUGGCAAUUAUUUUUAUCAGUGGGAACAAGACUGGGACCUGAAUCUGCAGCAACACAUUUCUUCCCUAUAAUUGAGUAGUGGCUAAUAAGUUUUAACACUAAUUUCCUGCCUUGAUCUCAGCUCUGCCAGCUCUUCAUGAAGAAGAGUAUUUUUAGGCUUGUCAGGAAACCUUGAAGGCUGUGCAGGAAGGACAUCAGGGUUCCUGACCAAAGCUGGACACGAAAGAGCAACACCAUGUUUCUCAGUGCUUUUGCUUUAUUCUCUCAACAAACUCUACUCUUGUCUGUUUUCAGAGUUCCUAGCAGGCUGCACCCUGUUUGAAAUAGGCUUGUGUUGCAUCAUUUUAAGCUGCAUUUUCUACAGUAGGAAAAAAAUGUAUUUACAUUCCAAAAACUUUUUUUAAACAUAGGUUUUAUGUGCAAAUUCAUCUCCAACUGAUGCGUUUUGCAUUUGCAUAAAACAUGCACUUUGUUUCUGUUGCUGUGGUAAUCUCUUGACCCAGAAAGGUUAUUAGAAGCUAUUGGGUUCACUAGGAAAAAAAAUCCUGUUGAUUUAAUAAAGCCAGGUAUCUGUUUA